AUGCGGGGAGGAGGAAACUACGCAGGGGGGCCCCCCCGGCAGAGGGUCAAGCUGCCGCCGUCGGGGUGGGGGGCUCCAGACCCUGCCGCAGUCUCUGGCCUGGGCACGGCCCCGCGGCGCUGCCCGGCCGGGCUGGAUCAGUCCCUGCGGCGCGGCGGGGCUUCACCGCUCCGGCAGCUGCGGCGGGGGCUGGCGCGUCUCCUCCGGACCAUCUGGUUCUGGCAACAGGCGCGUCACCGCCUGGCCGCCUGCCACUCCGCACGCUCGGCGCUGCCGGUCCCGGCCCCGGAGGAGGCUCCCGGGGCGGGUGCGCCGGUGCGCUGCCGUGCCCGCCGGGCCGCCCACAACAAACCGGGCAGGGACGAGGGAGGGGCCGGGCCGCGGGCCCGCAGGUGCGGGAGCUCGGGGCUGGUCCCGGGACGGCAGCGGGCAGCGCUCGGCCCCGGGGCCGGGGGACGCGAAAGCGCCGGGCUCUGCUGCUGCGGCCGCCCCGUGCCCGCCCGGGCUCCGCUCGGGCACCGCAGAGCGAGGCAGUGCCCGGGGCCGGCAGCGCCGAGCCGGGCUGGGCGAGAUCGCUCUGGGUCCCGCUUCACCCCAGGGAAAAUCAAGGCGGGAGAGAUUUUUCCGAGUUCUUUUGGAAAAGCAGGGGGAAAGCUGCAAACCAAAGGCGGAUCCCGUUACUCUCCGUCCCGGGCUUGCUCUGGUGAAUCCCACUGGCAGGCAGGAGUGUCCCCAGGGCCGUGCCCAGAGCCACCUUCCAGUGGCGAGCCAGGGCCGAGCGACGGGCGCUGCCCCGGCCUCGUCCAGGCCGCCGCCAGCAGCGGAGUCCAGGCAAGGCCGCGCUGCCCCCCGGCCCUGCAGCACCCGCGGGGGCCCGAGCCUGUCCUGGCAUUAUUUGCUUUGUGUGAUACGGUGCAACCGCCGGGGCACACACGGGACAGGGAACGAGACCCAAUGGGGUCAGAGCAGAGAGAGACCCGUGCAUCACAACGUGGAAUCCAAACGUUUCUAGAUUUGCGGGCUUGGCCUCUGCAGCGCUGCGUUGCUCAAUCCCCCUUUAUCUCCACCUUGCUCUUUGCCCUACCGGGCGCGCGGAGACGACACCUGGAGCCUGACACCGGUGGGACAACAUCAGCCAAAUACCCUCCCUGACCAGGCUGAAAAUUUUCCAGAGCAUAUUUGAGGUCAGAGCACCCACUCUGUGGCUCUGACAAACAAAGAAAGCAGGAAGAGUCAGAGCACACGAAGGCCCAUGGAAGGGAACAGUGACAAAGCCCAAGCCACAAUCUCCGUCCUGAAUGGCAGAGAAAGUCCCUGCAGGAGCUGCCUGGAUGGAAGGAUUGGGCUCAGCCUGAGCAGGGACAGUGAGAGGUGACUUUGUAUUUUAUGAGUAGCCUAUUUCCUUGUGCUCUGAAAGCUGCUAUCCACUAGCUUUCCAAAAGUUCUCUGUAGUUUCCUGACAUUUCCUGGGUAAUUGCAGCCUCCUGCUUUAAUGAAUGUUACAGGUCAUGUAUUUCUGACCUCUAGUGUAUCCAAGCUUUCAAAAGAUCCAUCAAGGCAAAAUGAAUUCUAUCCUUCCAGGGUACCCUGCGAAGUGUCAGAAGUUCCUAGUAAGAGCACUUGGUAAUUCAUUUAGGAAAUUUCUAAAAGAGGAGAACUCUCCCGAGGCCCUGAGGCUGUGGGACUGGAACUGCACGGGCUGUGUGGCCAGGGGCAACUAAAACAAGGGAAGUCUGAGGGGGCGACAGGAGAAGGGGCUUACACGAAAUAGAAGAUUUUUUCUUUAUUAAAAGUCUGUGCUCUAGACCGUACAAAUACUUGUUUUCCAUCUGUUCUCAUCCUGUGUCAAGCACCAUGGGGAAAGUGGGGCUGCCAGGGAAUCGGUUCAGGCUUGUUUGUGACUCCUGGCACUUGGAACAGCCCCGGGGCUGGCCUGUGUCACCUGGCUGUGACCAGGGCUGCCAGGUGGGGAUAACCACGGUGUUCUGUCCUCCUCACGCCGCGCUCCUCGGUCCCUGUCAUCUCCCCACCUUUGCGUUUACGGCUUUGGACGGGAGCCGUGGGAGUGGCAGUUCCAGCUCUGCCACCCACGGACACUUUCCCAUGCCAGAGAGAGUCCAGCGAGGAACCGCGGGCAGGCCCUGCUCCCCUGAGCCCCGCGGGGCUGCGCUCACCCGGGGGAUGCGACAGGAGCCGGGGCAAGGCCAGGCGGCACCGCUGGCACCGGUGGCACCAGUGCCGGCUCUCGCCUCUCCGCUGCGGGGUCAGGGGACGAGUCCAGCGUGGGACGCGCUAAGAACCGCAGUUCGGGGAUGGCUCCGGGCAAACGGGCUCCGCAGUCCGGAGAGGAUUCCCCGUGUCCCGUCCGGGUCCGUCCGGUCCCGGCGGGGCUGAGGCGCAGCAGGGCCGUGCGGAGGGCGCGGGCACCGGGCGAGGCUGCCCCGGCAAGGAACCUCCGAGCCCCGCCGUGGCCCAGAUCCGGUCCUGAUCCCGAGUCCGAGCCCGGUCCCGGUCCCAAUCUGGAUCCCGAGCCCGAUCGCGGCCCGGCAGCAGGCUUGGAGCGCCACCUAGCGGGCAGGACCAUGCCGUGCCGUGCCAUGCCGGGCCGUGCCGUGCCGGGCCGUGCCCUGUCGGGCCAUGCCGGGCCAGGCCGGGCCGUGCCGCUGUACGGACAGGUGCGGCUCUGGUCCGGCCGAUCCUAAGCCAUUUCCCAAGGAAGUUUGAUGGCCCAUCCACAGCCGAACUUUGGCAGCAGCGUGCCGGUGUUUGUUCCUCCCCACAGCCCCUUGUCCUUGGCAAACCAAGAUCACCAACACACCUUGGAGGUGACCUGGGAACCGCUCCCGGCAACGUCCAGAACCGGUGACAUCUUUCCCUAACUUACACAUUCGGACCGGGCACGUGUGGCCGCCUGCCGCAGACCCACCGGGAGCGCCCCGGCAGCCGCGGUUGACAGCGGCUGUGCGAGAGCGAGCUGCUCUCAUUGCCGAGCGCACGGCGCCUGCCUCCGCUCGCAGCUGGGCAGCGCCGCGGGCGGCGCCACCAAAGGCACCCGCAGUGCCUUCAUUGUCGCUGUUGUGGCGGGGCGCGGGAACAGCGCCCUGCGCCCGCAGAGGGCGCGCGAAGCACCGGGAGGAGGGGGCGGUGGGAACGGGAACACCUGGGACCGCCCGGGACC